AAGGAGGUUAUUUCGACAAUCAACCGACUCGAAAGUCUUGGUUUACAGCGAAUGGACAUCCCCUUGCCAAAAUGCGUUGUUUUGGGUGAGCAGUCUGCGGGAAAGUCAUCCGUCAUUGAGGCGAUAUCGGGCAUCAAGACUCCUAGGUCUGACGACACAUGCACCCGAUGCCCUUUGUAUAUAUUAAACUAGAGCCCUCGGAAGAUCCCCGCGCUAGUUGGAGCGCAAGCGUGAGCCUUCGCCGCAGCUUCAGCUAUGACGGCAGAACUGGCCGAGGAAGCGAGAGACGGUUUCGCGGUUGGUGCGAGCUGCCGCAGCCAAUUCUCGUACCGUUCGCAACUACGGAUAAUCCAAACGAGCUGGAGCAUAUCAUUGGUCGCGCGCAACUCGCAACCAUCAGUCCUCUGAUCGACUACCAGGAGUUUCUCAGUUCAUCCUUCCACCUUGGAGAGCAUCAAAGGUGUGAGUUCAGCCCAAAUAUUGUCUGCAUCUCAAUCAGCCAGCCGGGACUGCCGGCACUAAGCUUCUACGAUUUGCCUGGCAUUAUCGGACAAGCAGAAACUGAGGACAAAAAAUUUCUCGUCAAGUUCGUACGUGAUCUGGUCACAGAAUACGUUCGCGACCCCGAAGCUCUUAUCCUUGUAUGUUGCUCUCUGGAGACUGACAUUGCCAACUCAAGUGCUGGUGGUAUAGCAAGGGACUUGAAAGCAAUUGAUAGAUGCAUUGGUGUUCUUACUAAACCUGAUCGAUUGCCAGCAGGAUCGCGUCACGAUAAACUGAGAGAAGUUUUUGACCAAAAGAGAUUCUCUCUAGGUUAUGGAUAUUUUGUUGUCAAGAAUCCCGGCCAAGAUGAGAUCAACCAGGGAAUCAGCCAUAGAGAAGCUCGCACACGAGAGGAGCAUUUCUUUCGCGAAGAUGCAACUUGGUCUAGUACAUUCAAGUCGUACGCAAGUUAUUUUGGCACACUAAAUCUUCAAGCAUUUCUUUCCAAAACGCUCGCGGAGCAGAUGAUCAAGCGCCUACCAACUAUUGACCAGCAUAUUUCUGAACGUCUCUCAAGGGUGGAGCAAGAACUCAAGCAAUUUCCAGAGCCAGCUACAGCUAACGCAUCUCGGGUUAUGUCAGACAUUAUCCUUGACUUCUCCCAGGAGGUACGCAGAGAGAUUGAAGCUGAGUUUCCACACAAAGAAUGGAGGAACAAUUGGAAGGCUCUUCAGAAAACUUUCUUUAGUAACUUAGAAAGCAUGAAGCCAGCUUUGAAGCUUCGCGGAGCUGACGAUGAAUCUGUGUAUCUCGACAUUCAGGCAGCACUCCCUGGUGCCUCGGCGAAGGCGCCGAUUUCGUUAUCUGAUGAUGAAGACGGUAAAAACUCUGCUGAAGAUAGCGAUAUGUCCAACAAGUCUCCAAAGAAGAAGCGAAAGAUAGACAAAACGCCGAGCCAUCAGGAGGGUUCAGACUCUACAGACUUCAAGAAUCUGAAGAUAACGUUCGAACUUGACGCAGUUCGGGAAUACUUGGCAGAAAAUUCGCAGUCCAAGGUUCCUGGCCAGAUUGAGCCGCGCGUCAUCGAUACUAUGAUGCUGACAGCGAUUCAACGCUGGGACGAGCCAAUACACCAUUUCUUGAGCAAUCUCCAGGAGCAAGUUCACAGCCAGAUCCAAGAAUUGUUCAAGAAGCACUUUGGGAAUCGCAAAGGAUCCAUGUUCCACUACAAGGCGUGGGAUAUCCUUCAGAAACUAAUCGUACCCAGUUACGACAUGGCACACGAUAGCCUCAACGACGAAAAGCAGGGCCCAUACAUUUUCCAUGAGGAUCUCUUCGAACGCGAGAAGAGCGCAAUGCUAGAGUAUUACCAGCAGCAACGUCUCCAGAGUCGACUUGCUCUGUACAAGCGAAAGAAGGAGCAACAUACAAAGAAGCCGUUCACCUCCGCUGAAGAAGAACGAGUCAAGAAGAACUCUAUGCCUAUUCUAGCGCACGAGCCUUAUGCCCGCGAGAUUGGCGUUGUUGCACAGGUUACUACGUACUACAUGCUCGCCGCUUACCGCUUCCACGAUGCUGUCUGCAUGCGUAUCGAGUCCAAGUUCCAUAGGGAGCUGUGUACGCAGCUUCGUGAUGAGCUAGAAAACGGCCUGGGCAUACGGAAUGACGCUGAAGGCUAUCAAAAUGCGAAACACCUCCUUGCUGAACCGACCGAUCGUUACAAGCAGCGCAUAGACCUGUUGGGGCAGCGCAAAGCCCUACUUCAAGGUCAAAAGAUUCUUCAGGAUCUUCAGCGCAAGUAUGGCAGCGCUGGCAUGCCUGCUGAGGAGAAGAUGGAAGGUGUUGAAGAUACAUUGUAGCUUCGUGCGUCUCGUCUACUUGAAGACGUAUCUUGCACAUGUGUAAGGUUACACCGUCGUAGCUCCGGGCAUCUCGUCUACUUGAGCAUAUCCGUUACGUGUACAAGGCUGCGUUGUCGUAUGUUGCUAAAAGAGCAAAGCGGAUAGCUGAGUAGCAGGAAUUGGUUGGCAAAGUUGGGCAGUAGGUAAAUGGAGGAGAAGAAGAAGAAGAAGAAGAAGAAGAAGAAGAAGAAGAAGAGAGAAUGACAGAGACAGAGUGGCUCAG